UCCAAGAACAACGAUGCCUCAGCAGGACCAGAUCGUUCUCACUGUCGCUCAGAAGGGCUCUCCUGUUGCCUACGGACCCCUUUUGGCGGCCAGCUUCAUCAAUGCCGACAACGUCCUUCCCCCGGUCUCUAUCCGCUACAAGGAGGCUGCCUUGAUUGUUGAGUCCGACAAGUCCUCGAACGUCAGCUUGCAGGGCAAGGAGGGUGAUGUGAUCUACGGUGUCGAGAAUGUCGCUAAGGCUCUUGCUAAAGGCUGCCCUGACGCCAAGCUCUACGGUAAGAGGGAGGAGCUCGUCGACGAGUGGCUCGCUUUCUCCGCUCGUCUCGCCGGUGACUUCAAGUCCGUCCUCCCCGCUCUCGAGGAGCUGGACCACCACCUUCAGCUCCGUUCUGUCUUGGUCGGUUACUCCCUUACCGUCGCCGAUCUCGUCAUCUGGGGUGCGAUCAAGGGCAGCACCAUCGCUGUCGGUGCCAUCAAGAAGAACGCCUUGACCAACAUCUCCCGUUGGUUCUCGUUCAUCGAGGCUCAGCCCCACGUCUACCAGGCCGUCGACGCCAUGCAGAAGGAGAUUAACCUUAAGAAGAAGACUAAGACCGCCAGCAAGUCCCACACUUCCAACUACGACAUCGGUCUUCAGGAUGCCGAGGAGGGCAAGGUCUGUGUCCGUUUCCCUCCUGAGCCCUCAGGUUAUCUCCACAUUGGACACGCCAAGGCUGCUCUCCUCAACCAGUUCUUCGCCCAGGAGUACAAGGGUAAGCUCAUCAUCCGUUUCGAUGACACGAACCCCUCCAAGGAGAAGACGGAGUUCCAGGACUCCAUCUUGGAGGAUCUUACUCUGCUCGGUAUCAAGGGUGAUGUCGUUACUCAUACUUCCGACCACUUCGACACUCUCUACCAAUACGCCAUCCAAAUGAUCAAGGACGGUAAGGCUUACUGUGACGACACUGUUCAGGAGCAGAUGCGUGCUGAGCGUAUGGACGGUAUCGCCUCCGCCCGCCGCGAGCGUACCGUCGAGGAGAACUUGCAGAUCUUCGCCGAGAUGACCGCUGGAACGGAGCUCGGAUUGAAGAACUGCUUACGUGCCAAGAUUUCCGUUGAUGACCCGAACAAGGCCCUCCGUGACCCUGUCAUCUACCGUUGCAACCUUCUUCCCCACCACCGUAUCGGUGACAAGUGGAAGGUCUACCCCACCUACGACUUUGCUUGCCCCAUCGUUGACUGCAUCGAGGGUGUCACCCACGCUCUCCGUACCAUUGAGUACCGUGACCGUAACGCCCAGUACCAGUGGAUGCUCGACGCAUGCAACCUCCGCCGCGUCCACGUCUGGGACUUCUCCCGUAUGAACUUCGUCAGGACUCUCUUGUCCAAGCGUAAGCUCCAGUGGUUCGUCGACCAGGGUCUCGUCGGUGGUUGGGAUGACCCUCGUUUCCCUACUGUCCGUGGUGUCCGUCGUCGUGGUAUGACCAUCGAGGCUCUCCGUCAGUACAUCCUUUCUCAGGGUCCUUCCAAGAACAUCAAUAACUUGGACUGGACUUCCAUCUGGGCUAUCAACAAGAAGACCAUCGACCCCAUCGCUCCCCGUCACACUGCCAUCUUCACCGAGGGUAAGGUCCCUGUCAAGCUCGAGGGUGGACCCGCCGAGGUCGUCGAGGAGGUCCGUCCUAAGCACAAGAAGAACCCUGAGCUCGGUAACAACAAGGUUGCGUUCUACCACCAGCUCGUUGUCGACCAGGACGAUGCCCAGACCUUCAAGGAGGGUGAGGAGCUUACCCUCAUGGACUGGGGUAACGCUUUCGUCACCAAGAUUAACAAGGAGGGCGACAAGGUCGUUUCUCUUGAGAUGAAGCUUCACCUCGAGGGUGACUUCAAGAAGACUGAGAAGAAGGUCACUUGGCUCGCUGACACCCCCGCUCUCACCGACGUCGAGCUCGUCGACUUUGACCUACUCAUCACCAAGGAGAAGCUCGAGGAUGGUGACGACGUCAAGGACUUCUUGACUCCUCAGACUGAGUUCCGUGUUUCUGCUGUUGCUGACGGUAACGUCCGUGACUUGAAGAAGGGUGACGUUAUGCAGUUCAACAGGAAGGGAUACUAUGUUGUUGAUGUUCCUUACACUGAGGGUGGUAAGAUUGUAAUGUUCUCAGUUCCUGAUGGUGCUUCCAAGAACCGUUACGGUGUUGCCAAAUAGAUGCUAUCAUCUAGUGGUAUAAUAUAAGAAAAGAACAUCUUUGGCAAAUCAAUUUCGACGUUCGCUCC